ACAGACCUCUGGCCUCCACAAGCAUGCACACACCCACAGGAACAUCUACCUCCUGUAUGUAGUUCUUCCUUCUUACAUCGAUCUGAGGUUUGGAAGUCAUGUGUUGUUCCCACAGAUGCUGAGGUCAUGCUAACACUAUAGCACAGUCUACAGCAUUACCACUGUCAAUUUUGUGGUCCUGUGGAAGCCUGUGCUUUGCUCUGAGCGUAUUUGUGACAUGUGCAAAAGGCUGUCUGUCUGUUUCUCCCCUCUGUGGUUUCAGAGCAGACCUCUCAGGAGGACGAUCCCCUAAAACUCUAAGUGCUCUGCACAGUAAUAAAGCCAGGCAGUGCGACUCCCUAGAAGAGCAAGCGCAGCUCCUGCAGAGCACAGACACUCGACCCCAGUAAGGAUGCGGACAAGCAGGUGGGUCAGUCAAGAGCACGGGUAAGAAGAAUUGGCAGCACAGAGCCAAAUGGAAAUGCUGGAAGCAAAACCCAGUAGAUCAAUGAAAACACAGGGAAGCUUUAGAAGGGGUUUAGGCAGAGCUAAGAAAGGAUAUUUCCUUCUGCCGGCAAGCCCAGUCCCACUCUUCCCGAGAGCAGCACAGAAUACUGUGUAGGUGUGCCAUUAGAGUGGAGCCAUCUUCCCACUCUGUCCCCAGAGGCUCAGGUUCAGGAGGACAGAGAGAAAGCCACACAUGGCCAAGUGUGAGCAACCAGGAAGAUUUCCAUCAGUGUUCUCAGGGACACAGAAUUCCCUCAGACAUGCAAUGUUUCAGGGCCCAGGCUAUAAAGCAGAGCUGAGGUGUCCCAGACAGCAAAUGGGAGCAGGACACACUGCUCUCUCCCAUAAACACAACAAGCUGAUCUGCAGACGAGCGGUAGAGAUCUUUACUAUGAAAUGGCUCUCCCAGUCUGGGUCUCACUAUGAAGUCAAAUCAUGCAGUUACAGCCGGCUUCCCUGUCCCAUUAACAACACUGUUUGCGGUGCAGUGGUGAGCUGGGCAUGUGAUGAGGGUCUUUCCCUCUUCUUUGAUGCAGAAGAUGCUGAGCAAAGGUAGUGAGGUCACCUGAAGCUAGUGUUGUUCUCCAAGCCCUGCUGACCACAGUCCGCCUGCUCGUGGGAGAAAAUGACCUGCUUCUUGUUAUUCCCCAGAUCAGCAGAGUUCUCCACUGUGUGUGGCAACAGUGAGGUGGUGGUCUUAGGCAGGAACUGUGCUCAAGUCUGUUACCAUGACCCCUAGCAAGGGGUGAGGCAAAGAUCUGAACGCAGGACAAGGCCUUGCACUGACACUGAGGAUGGAGGUGAUGGUUAAUGACAGAGGGGAGGUCAGAGGUCACAGAAGCCUGUGCUUAAUUCCAUCACUGAAACACAGCGUGCCAGGUUCCUUCCUUCCUUUCUUUGAGAUCAGGUCUCACUGUGUCGCCCUGGAACUAGCUCUAUAGAUCAGGCUGACAGCAAACUCCCACAGGGAUCUGUCCGCCUCUGCCACCACCAUUCCAAUGCUGGAAUUAAAGGUGCGGGUAGUGUCCUUACUGUCUCUGAGGCUUCUCCUCCUUGUCAUUCACUCUCCUUCCUCCUUUUCACGACCAUUUCCCAGGCACCUGGUCUGUGUCUGCACACAGAGCAGUACACAGCAGCGCUGAACUGAGACCCAAAAGCCCGGGAGCAGGGAGGCGAUGAGGUCAGUGGUAGCACAGAGAAGAGCAUCAACCACACAUGGCCUAUCCCAGAAGCCUCCUCCCAAGGCUCUAAGAGAGAGUGGCACUUCCUGCUGCUUCCAGCUGCUCCCACAGGCCUCCUUGCCAGGAGGCGGGAAACCUGUGUCACAGCUGUCCUUCAAAGCAGGGAGAGCCAAUCAGCGCAGUGGCCGUGCUGGGGCCUCUGCUCUGGCAGCUGCUCUGCUGGUGGGAGGUCUUCCUCCAUGUCCUUCUCUAGAGCGCUCCACACUCUGGGUCUUCACUACUUUACUUCACUGUAACCGCGGUGCAGAGGUGGAUGCACAGGGCGCAAUCCUGGGAAUUCCCACUUCCUGGGAAACUGAGGUAGCUUGCGGUGUAAGCCCCACCCUUCCACAGCCAUGGCAUCAGGACGCUCAUGCCACUGGGAACUCAGCCAGCGUGGAGGGAGUCCGAGGCCGGCAGAACAGACCCAGACUGCACCAUACUGCAAAGCGAAGUCAGAAGCCUGGGGGCCUCUGGGCCCUUGGCACCUUUCCCUCCCUCCCAGGACUCCUGUCCAACCGGCACAGGAUAGGUCACAGGUGCAAAGGGUCUUCCUGGCGCCUAGCGACACAACAGACGUGCACGACCGAGAAAGCCCAGGUGCCGCCUGCCACGGGCUCCGAACCGCUGCCUUUUCUUCCAACCACGCCGGUACCCAGUACCCGGUAGGCCAGCCUGGUAGCUCCAAUCUCAAGGUCUAUCUGGGCUCCAGUACCGCCACAAGCCCCGCCCCUCCCUAGCCCCGCCUACCAGGCAAAUCUGCCACUUAAGGGUUAAUGACUAAACCAACAGUCCACAUUCUGCUCUCCCUGGCCCAUCACAGGGGAGACUGAGGAGGUGGUUACCAGUGACUAUAGAGCCCAGAGAAUGAACAGAAGGGUCUACUGUAGCCAGGAUAAGAUGCUGAGCUUCUGAGCCUUGGGCCAUAGGAUCUGGGAGGGGCAAAGUCCUGCACCCAGGAGGGGAGGGGCUAUGGAGUCCCAAGGCCAGGGCCUUACCACCAGGGUCACCAGGGGCAAAAGAGUCACCCUUUUCCACGACAAGCAGGGAGGUGGGGCUGUUGAACCACCAUCACUUCCUACAAGGAAGGGUGAGCCUGCUUUGACAUACCAAGGCCUCUAUUACAGGCCUUCCCUGGCCAGGAAGAAGGCUGUAUAUGACUUCCGGGUGAGGUGGCCAGAACUGAUUCUCCUGGACCAGAAGAAAAUGGAGGAACUCCCUGUAAUUGGCAAAAGCACCUCUGACAAGCAGGUCCAUGAGGCCAGUACCUGCUCCUCAGGGAUCAGCAUCAGCAACACAGACCUGGAGAGCACUCCCAGUGAGUGCCUGGAUUCCAAAGGAGAAGAAGGCCCCCAACCCCUUCCUGCACAGUCUCCAUAUAUGACCAUUCUCAACAGCUAUCUGAAGCCAGAGUCGAUGACCCGGCUGGAGAAGAAGGUGAGGAAGAAGACCCUGGUGGCCAUGAACCAGCUGGAGCAGGAGAUGGACGCAGUUAAGAGACGGCGGUGGGCACUGAUGAAGGACAUCAAGGAAGUGGAGUGCAAACAAACAGAGGACAAGCACUUCCUGGAGUUCCUGAAGCAGAAGAAGGAGGAAAGCCAGAGGAAGUACGACUCCCUGUGGGAAGACUACAGACAGCAGUGUCAGGAGAUUGAGGUCAGGAGGCAAGAGCUCCUCGGCACCUUCACCUCCUGCACUGUAGACCUCCAGAAGAAGCUGCUGCAGGGCAGGAAGCUAGAGCUAGGCUUCAGGAAGAAGCUGGAUGCCCUGAGGCCAGUAGCACAGAUAAAGGAGAGCCAGGACAGAGAGUUCCAGGCCUUAGAGCAGGAGAAAGCCAGCAUAGUAGCUGACAUCCCCUUGAUGGACAGAGAGGCACACUUCCAGUUCCUGAAGGAAAGGGCCGCCCUAGAGAAGCAGGUGGAGGAGCUGAACCUGCUGGAGUCAGGAGAGAACACCACCAGAGAGCUGAGGAAGAAGGCCAAGGCCUUGGAGGCUCUGGCCAAAAAGGCUCACAAGGACUUCUGCCAGGGUGUCAGUGCUGAGAACAGGGGACUGCGAGCACAGCUCCGGCAGCUGGAUAAGGAAUUCUGUGAGCUGGAAGCCAGGAGGGAGAAGCUGGAGCAGCGAAAGCAGCGGCGGAAGGAGCAGCAGUGGUACCUGGAGGCCCUGGCCCGGGGGAGGGAGCGCCUCCAGCAGCAGGAGUCCCGACCCCCCAAACCACAGGCUCCACACCCAACCCAGGGCCGUCUACUGGGUGCCAGGCCAGGAACCAAUCCUAAGUAAUGGCUGCCGUGUCCCAGGAAGCAGACUGGAGCUGAUGUUGAGGGUAGCACACAAGGAAUGAAGAUGCUAUCAGGCUAAUACAGAGGACAGAAGCAGCAAGGGGGAUGGAGGACUGAGCUUCUCAGAGGGGCAGGGGGGUCCUGGCCUGGCCUGUCUCUCAGGCUUGGCCCCCUCACUCUAACCCGAAGGGCUGUCCUAACCAAAAGCUUCCCCACAUUCGGGAAGCUUGGUUCUUUAGCCCCCAUACCUUCCACGCACGACAAGUUCCCUGUUGUAGUAUAGACUUGGGUGCUCACUGCCUGCUCUGGUGUGGACGUCAUGACGACAGGGUGCAUUUGUAAUCGGCACCUUCCCCAGCCACCCCAUUUCAAAGGAGUAGGUUCGUGUCUUAGGGGGGUGGGUCCAGGGUGUUAUCUGGGGAAUUGGGUUCUUUGUAUCUGUGUGUCGCCGAGGCUGUACGGUCUGCAGAGCUGUGGGUCGUGAUGUGGCAUGCGGUCCCAGGUUUGGGCCUGUGAUCCUGUGUGACAAAUAUAGCCAGCUCUCUGAGUCCCGGGCACUGCUUCAGGCAAAAAGCCUCAGUAUUUCAGUGCAGAAUUUUAACUUUUACUGAAACUCAUUUAAAGUGCUGAAAAUGAAUUGCUGAGUGGACCUUUGGGUUACAGAUUUAACUUGCAUGUGAAAUGCUUUGCUCCUAAACAGUGUUAUUGAAAAAGUAAAAGCCUGCCUGUGAUUCAUUCAAAAUAAAAGUCUAUUUAUUGUUACCCAAAACAAAAGCCUACUUGUGAUUAUUCAAAAUAAACCACGAAGGUGAGAGAACACAGCGGGAAGGAAGGUGGAAGAUGGGAGCGUGACAGUGAAAGACUUAAGAUCAAAGUUUCCGUAUUGGCUGUCCAUUUGCUGGGCAUAAGACAUCCUAACGGUUUAAGAUGGAAUGGCACCAUGGCCAGGAGGUCCAGCAGGUGGCCAUGUCCUAGUAUUUGAAGCUGAUGGACAACCAUCCCCUCUGCCAUCUCCAUCCAAUUCCCUAUGCAGCAUUUACUGCUGUGGAUGUCGUGUGUGGCCCCAUGUCAGUGUUUCCAGUGGUCAGAACUGAGCAGCAAAGAACCAAAGGCUGAUAGCAGGUCAUGUGAUACCCCAGCACUUCAUGAAGACUUAGUCCAGUGUGGAGGCUUUAGGGAGAUUUCAGACACCAGUUUCCCCAGCACCACCCUGUACCAGCCUGUCCUAACAGCGGCUUUCCGUCUGCCCUGCAUAUGUCUCAGGGUGGAUUCCUGGAUUCUGCCUCCUCGUUCCAAGCGCCCAGGGGCCCCAGAGUCCUCAUCUGCUUAAUCACUGAGUUGCCACGUUUUUGGCACAGUACCUGUGGUCAGUGACCUAUAGGAAAGUGUCAAUAGAGAGGCUGCCUGCCUGCAGGAACCCCUUGCUUGCUCCUUGCAGCGUUGGCACAGAAUCUAUUCAGGACAUGCUGGUGAGGCUUGAGUGAGCAAGUGGUUGGGGAGCAGGCCCCUACUUCACAGGAGAUCUCUGGCAGUGUGCAGCCUGGCUUCCGCUACCCUUCAUUUUGUGAUCUACGUGCAGAAGCCGUGCAGUCUCUCCCAGCUGGCAUUCCUCCUGGUCCCCACCACAGCUCUUAAACAUGAGGCGAUGCCUCUCUCUGCACAAAGCCUGACCUAAUGCAGACAGGACACAAGGGAAGAACAUAAUGCAAUUCCUCAACAACACAGACACAAAAACUCCAAGUCUAGGAAACUAAGGUGAAGAAUACAUUGAAAGCCGGCCGUGGUGGUAUAUGCCUUUAGUUCGAGGCCAUCCUGGUCU